AUGAGAGAGGACAGAGGAGAGAUGAGAGAGGAGACAGGAGACAGGAGAGAGGAGACAGGAGAGAGGAGAGAGGACAGAGGAGACAGGAGAGAGGAGACAGGCGAGAGGACAGAGGAGACAGGAGAGAGGACAGAUGAGAGAGGACAGAGGACAGAUGAGACAGGAGAAAGGAGACAGGAGAGGAUAGUGGAAAGAGGAGAGAAGAGAGAGAAGACAGGAAAAACACAGAAGAGCAGAGAGUGGAGCGAGAGGACAGAGGAGAGAGCGUCAGACCGAGGGGGAGGCUGCCAGGUAUGUGCCUCCUCCAUCUCCUCUGAGAGCAUCCUUUACACUCGCCCUCAGCUGUACUUUAUCCUCCUCAUCACAAAGCUCUGGCAGCGGCGGAGAGAAGACAAGAUGGCUGCCCUGCCUCAGACAGAUAAGCCUCACAGACCUCAUGACUCAUUCAAAUAUGUCUCGGCUGCAGAUGCUAAGAGUUGUCAGUCCUCUAAGCCGCUACAGGGCCUCAGUAAGACCGAGAGAUGGGUUUUGGAGCAGGAGGAGGCGAGGAGAGGAGGCUAA